UUUGCGGACAAGACCCCCAAUUUUCACUCGUACAACACCCUCUCCUGGCAGCCGACAACACACACCUCCGCCUCCACGCUGCCGUCGGCGAUUUCAAUCGAAACCCUAACUCCGGUAAUAAGGGAUGAGGCCCUUGGCGACGGUGCCGGGCGGCGGGGGGAGGCGGAAGGCGGGAGCUGCUGCUGCGGCGGCGGCAAGCCGUGAGUGGCUGGUGGUGCCGGCGUCAGGGCGGGCGCGGGUUGAGGAGGCCGGGAAGCACGCGGUGAUGGCGCGGACGGGGCUGCCGGCGCGCGACCUGAGGGUGCUCGACCCACUGCUGUCCUACCCGUCCACGAUCCUAGGCCGCGAGCGCGCCAUCGUCGUCAACCUGGAGCGCGUCAAGGCCGUGAUCACCGCCGCCGAGGUGCUGCUCCCCAACUCCAAGGACCCCGACUUCGCGCAAUUCGUCCGCGACCUCCAGGCCCGCGUGCUCGCUUCCUCUGGUCAGGCUGCAGAGUUUACUGAUAUUGAGGGUGAAUCAUCUGUGAUUGCUUCACCAUUUCCUGCUCCCAGUUCAUCUAAAGGACAUGAACUGGAGAUGGCUAAGAGGACUACUGAUGCGGUGGGUGGAAUGAUUCACAGCAGCAGUGUGCCGACGUUGGCCACAAUGAAAGAUGGAAGCGCCAAGGUCUUACCUUUUGAAUUUCGUGCGCUUGAAGUGUGCCUCGAGUCAGCAUGUAGAUCUCUGGAAGAGGAAACUGGGACUCUGGAGAAAGAGGCUUAUCCAGCAUUGGAUGAGCUAACUUCAAAGAUCAGUACAUUGAAUCUUGAGCGAGUUAGGCAAAUUAAGAGCCGCCUGGUGGCAAUUUCUGGACGUGUGCAGAAGGUGAGGGAUGAACUUGAGCACCUAUUGGAUGAUGAAAUGGAUAUGGCUGAAAUGUACUUGACAGAAAAACUUGCUCAACAAGAUAUCAGUGAGACUUCAUCUAGAGUUGAGGUUGAUGAUCAUGAUCCAUCUCAGUUAGAGGAGGGUGGGGAUGAAGAUUAUAGAAGCGAGCCAGAUGGAACCAAUGUUAGCUUUGCUGGUUAUAAGCCCAACAUUGAAGAACUAGAGAUGCUUUUGGAGGCCUACUUUGUGCAAAUUGAUGGCACACUAAAUAAGCUUUCACAUCUGAGGGAGUAUGUUGAUGAUACCGAGGAUUACAUCAACAUAAUGUUGGAUGACAAGCAAAAUCAGCUUCUGCAGAUGGGGGUCAUGCUCUCAACUGCCACGGUUGUUGUUACUGCCGGAGUGGCCGUCGUCGGUCUUUUCGGGAUGAACAUUGGCAUAUCGCUUUACAAUCCCGCAACCCCAGAUGAGACACGAGCAGCACAUGUGAAGUUCUGGGAAACCACCUUCGGAACCAUUGCUGGCUGCACGAUUCUGUACAUAGUAGCCAUGGGGUGGGGGAAGAGGAGCGGGCUGCUGCAAAAAAAAAUCUGUACUGUAGACAUUCCAUCCUCGGUACCAUCCCUUCCUAAAAGUGGGACGCCGGACGCGGCCGUCGCCAAAUCACACUCUGCCGCGGAGAGAGGAUCGACCGGGGCCGCCUAUAUAGUUGCCGCCGGCAGAGCCUCCCGGCAGAGGGAACCGGAGAUGGAGAGGAAAAGGAUGGCGCAGGUCGCCACGUACUUCGCGGUCGCUUUCGCAGCGUUCCUCUUCUGGCAGUCCAACCGCAACCCCACCCCGCCGCCGCAGCCCGACAUGCCUCUCCCGCCGCCGCCGCCACCGUUCCCGCGGGCGGCGUCUACGGUGCUCCCGGACCCGGCGCGCUUCUUCGCCCCCGAGCUCCUCGCCGCGCCGCUCCCCACCAACUCCUUCUUCCAGAACUUCGCGCUCAACAACGGGGACCAGCCGGAGUACAUCCACCCGUACUCGGUCAAAUCCGCCGCCGGGGCGCUCACGGUCUGCUACCCCAAGACCGUCCACUCCCCGCCCUUCCACGCCCAGACCUUCGUCGCCGACCUCACCCUCUCGUCCCCGUCCGCCGCCACUCCCGCCGCGCCCCACCGUAUCGCCGCCUUCGACGACCUCUCCGUCACCCUCGACUUCGCCCCGUCGCUGCGCGCGUUCCUCGUCCGCGGCAGCCCCUUCGUCACGGUCGCCACCGCGGGGGCGGGGGUCCCCGUCGACAUCUCCCUCGCCUCCGUCCACGCCUUCCUCGAGGCCGCCCCACGCGACGACACGCUCACCAGGUGGCGCCUCCGGAUGAACAGCGGCCAGACUUUCCUCCUCUACGCGUCCGCGCCCAUCCGCCUGUCCAUGUCCAGCGUCACGCAGCUGGCCGCGCCCGGCUUCUCCGGCGUCAUCCGCGUCGCCUUCCUGCCCGACGCCGCCAUGGAGGCGGUCCUUGACCGGUACAGCGGCCGCUUCCCGACAGGCGGGGAGGCCGCGCUGAACCGGCCCUUCUCCGUCGACUACGCCUGGCGCACGCAGGGGUCGGGGGACCUGCUCAUGCUCGCGCACCCGCUACACCUCCGCCUGCUCUCCAAGGACCGUGGCGCCGUCCGUGUGCUCGAGGACUUCAGGUACCGCAGCAUCGACGGCGACCUGGUCGGCGUCGUCGGCGACGCCUGGGCUCUAAGGACCGACCCGGUGCUCCCCACCUGGCAUUCCACCCGCGGCGUCAGCGAGGACGGGGUGCCCGAGAUCGUGGCCGCGCUGCGCAAGGACGUGGACGACCUCGCCUCCACCCCCAUCUCGACCACCUCGUCCUACUUCUACGGGAAGGCGCUCGCCAGGGCGGCGAGGCUGGCGCUGAUCGCCGAGGAGGUCGGGUGCCCGGAGGUCAUCCCGGCGGUGCGCGGCUUCCUCGCAGCCACCGUCACGCCGUGGCUGGACGGCAGCUUCGAGGGCAACGGCUUCCUGUACGACCCCAAAUGGGGCGGCCUCGUCACUCUGCAGGGGAUGACGGACACCGGCGCCGACUUCGGCUUCGGGAUCUACAACGACCACCACUACCACCUGGGCUACUUCGUGUACGCCACCGCCGUGCUCGCCAAGAUCGACCCGGCCUGGGGCCGCCAGCACAUGCCUCAGGCCUACUCCAUGGUCGCCGACUUCAUGACUACAACCUCGCGCGAAGCCGCCGGCGCGAGCUACACCAGGCUGAGGGCGUUCGACCUCUGGAAGCUGCACUCGUGGGCCGGCGGGCUGACGGAGUUCGGCGACGGGCGCAACCAGGAGAGCAGCAGCGAGGCCGUCAACGCCUACUACGCCGCCGCGCUCCUCGGGCUGAGCUACGGCGACGCGCGGCUCGUCUCCGACGCGGCCACGCUCACGGCGCUCGAGAUGCUGGCGGCGCAGACGUGGUGGCACGUCCGGGAGGGCGACGCGACCUACGAGGACGACUUCACCGGCAGCAACCGCGUGGUGGGCGUCGUGUGGGCGAACAAGAGGGACAGCGGCCUCUGGUUCGCGCCGCCGGAGUGGAAGGAGUGCAGGCUGGGGAUCCAGCUGCUGCCCAUCGUGCCCAUCAGCGAGGCCCUCUUCCCGGACGCCGAGUUCGUCAGGGACCUGGUGGGCUGGACCGCGCCGGCGUUGGCCAGGGACGGCGUCGGCGACGGGUGGAAGGGGUUCGUGUACGCCUUGGAGGGGACCUACGACAAGGAGGCGGCGCUGGCCAAGACCAGGGAGCUGGCGUCGCAUGACGACGGCAACACGCUGACCAACCUGCUGUGGUGGCUCCAUAGCCGCGGCUCGCCGGGCGCUGAUGCUGCUGCUGGUAUCGGCAGUGCGGCCGUUGAUGGUGGCACUACUGCUCAUGGAAUGCUCUUGGAUAUGCUUGCAACUGAACCGGCUCUGGUCUCUUCGUGAGUUGUUUUGGUUUGCUCAAACAUAUACUCUGGUUUAUUCGGCGUGUUUCAGAUAUUAGUACGUACGAUCCUGUAGACUGUAGUGCUAUUUUUGCUAGAGUAGCGUUAUCUGCACCUGCUGCUUGUAAUCUGCUCGUCGGAAUUCGGAGAAUACAAUCAGCGGAAAUCAAACUCUACAUAUAUGUGGGUGGUG